CCGAUCAUCACCCAAAAUGCCUCUCGUCUCCUCUUUGCCCUGCCACCACCCCGGAGCUCUCCACCAAGCGGCGAUAAUGGCCGCUGUCUCCUCCCCCUCGUCCCUCUCCCCGCCGGUUGCUCUCUUCUGCCCCAAGCCCGCCGCCCCCCCUCUCUUCCUCCGCCCCUUCUCCUCCUCCUCCUCGUCCUACCCCUCCGUGGCUCUCCACACGCUACUCUCCCGCACCCCAUGCCUCCUCGUCGCCUCUCCGAAGCCCGCCACCCGCGCCGCAGCUGCCGCCGACGCCGCCGCUGCCGCCGCCGCCGAGACCGACGUCGUGGAGGAGGAUGAGGCCGCCGCCGAAGCCCCGUUGAUCCCCUCCAAGCCCAAGAUUGGGAAGGCCGCCUUGCUCCUCAAGAGGGACAGAACGAGGUCGAAGCGGUUUUUGGAGAUCCAGAAUCUGAGGGAGAGCAAGAAGGACUAUGAUGUGCCAAUGGCAGUGGCGCUUCUCAAGCAGAUGUCCAGCACUAAUUUUGUCGAGUCUGCCGAGGCCCAUUUCCGCCUCAAUAUUGACCCCAAGUACAAUGACCAGCAGCUGAGGGCAUCGGUGAAUUUACCCAAGGGGGCAGGGCGGACUGUCAAAGUAGCCGUUCUAACACAAGGAGAGAAGAUUGAUGAAGCAAAGAGUACAGGAGCUGAUGUAGUUGGUGGAGAAGAUUUAAUAGAACAAAUAAAGGGAGGAUUCAUGGAGUUUGAUAAGUUAAUUGCUUCACCAGAUAUGAUGCCUAAGGUUGCCAGUUUGGGGAAGAUUUUAGGGCCACGAGGCCUUAUGCCAAAUCCUAAAGCGGGUACAGUUACUACAGAUAUACCUCAGGCUAUUCAAGAGUUCAAGAAGGGCAAAGUUGAAUAUCGAGCAGAUAAGACAGGGAUUGUUCACCUGCCUUUUGGAAAGGCCUGCUUUCCUGAUGAAGAUCUUAUCAUAAAUCUGAUGGCUGCAAUUAGGUCAGUAGAAGCAAACAAACCUUCAGGUGCGAAAGGAGUAUACUGGAAAAGUGCACAUAUUUGCUCAUCAAUGGGGCCUUCCAUCCGGCUGAAUAUUAGAGAGAUGCUUGACUUCAAGCCCCCUGCAACAGUCUAAAUGCUCUAGAAAGAAACACCUGUAAAGUUAUUCUUCUCCAAGAGUUGUUUGCCAUCAUUGUUACAAACUUGUUAUUGCUCACACAAAGAUGAGAUGGGAAAUGCAAAAUGAGAGGGGGCAGUAUUUUGCUCACACCUGUAAAGAAACAUCUUAACCCCCUCGCAUGGACCAAAAAUAGGCUGUUGUCUUGCAUUCUGGCAUCUUCAUUGUAAUUUCAGUUUUUCCAAUUCUUCUCAAUGUCAAGUUGUUAAAAAUUCACUGAAUGGCAUGGAAGCACUUCCGUUA